CCUUAGCCAGUUGGAGAGCUUUGAGAAAGGCCUGAGGACAAUGAUGGAAAAGAACACUCCCCCUUCCUAUCACAUCAAUACAACAGAUGUGUCUGGAAAAAAUGGCUCUAAUUCUAUCAACAAGUAUGCUGAGCUGGGAAGCUCUCUCCACACUAUGUCUCUCAUUGUUUACUGCCUGGCCUUUGUUCUUGGUGUGCUCGGGAAUGGAGUGGUUAUCUGGGUGACCGGGUUCAAGAUGAAGAAAACAGUUAACACAGUUUGGUUCCUCAACCUUGCUGUGGCCGACUUCCUCUUCACAGCGUUCCUGCCCCUGAAUGUGGCGUACCUGGCUUUGGAUUUUCACUGGCCUUUCGGCGAGUUCAUAUGCAAACUGAACAGCACAUUAAUCUCCCUGAACAUGUUUGCCAGUGUCUACAUUCUGGUGGUGAUCAGUGUGGACAGAUGUGUGUCUGUGGUGUGGCCCAUCUGGACCCAGAUCCAUCGAAAUGUACGCAAGGCAUCGUUUGUCAGUCUGGGUGUUUGGAUACUGGCUCUGAUUCUCAGCACUCCAUACUUCAUCUUCAGGGACACUGAACCUUCACAAAAGAAUAAAGACAUUAUCCACUGCUUAUACAGCCUUUUCCUCUGUAAAGACAAUGAAACACCAUCUGUGAAUCAGUUGCGACAGUUUCGUCAUCAGGCCCUGAUCAUCACCCGCUUCCUAAUGGGAUUUGUUGUCCCCUUCACUGCCAUUGUCUUCUGUUAUGCUGUGGUAAUCCAUCGAAUCAGAGAACACCCCAUCCUGGCCAGCCAGUCAAGUCGCCCCUUUAAGAUCAUCGCUGCAGUUAUCACCACCUUUUUCCUGUGUUGGGCUCCCUUUCACAUCAUGGCUUUAAUUGAGUUAGUAAACUUCAUACCUGCUUAUCAAAGUGAAACAUUAUUCAAUGUCACCACUAUUGGGAUCCCACUAACCACCAGCAUGGCCUAUAUCAACAGCUGCUUGAACCCAGUGCUGUAUGUGUUCAUGGCCCAAGAUUUUAAGGAUAAAGUCCGCAAAUCCAUCAUGAAAAUAUUAGAGACUGCAUUUCAGGAAAAGGUUUCUGGCUCUCAAACUGACGCAAAGUCAGCAGACACCAGUCAGAGCAAAGAGACAUCAGCUCAUAAUACUGCAGUAUAAGACAGUCCAUGAUGUGAAAAAACAAAUAUUUAAACCAUAAAACUACAGCCUGAGUGUUUACAAUCUGAUGGAAUUAGUCGAUGGUUAUAUUAGACAAUAAACUGUAAUGCCUUUUGUGAGCUAAACCUUUGUUGGAUGCGGUGGUAGUGGGAUGUUUUUAAUCAUACAGAACAAAUGGCUGGGGCGGCACGGUGGUGUGGUGGUUAGCACUCUCGCCUCACAGCAAGAGGGUUGCCGGUUCGAUCCCGGGCGUGGGAGCCCUUCUGUGCGGAGUUUGCAUGUUCUCCCCGUGGGCUCUCUCCAGGCACUCCGGCUUCCUCCCACAGUCCAAAGACAUGCAGAUUGGGGACUAGGUUAAUUGGUAACUCUAAAUUGUCCGUAGGUGUGAAUGUGAGCGUGAAUGGUUGUUUGUCUCUAUGUGUCAGCCCUGCGAUAGUCUGGCGACCUGUCCAGGGUGUACCCUGCCUCUCGCCCGAUGUAGCUAGCUAGGCUCCAGCCCCCCCGCGAUCCUCAAGAGGAUGAAGCGGUUAGAAUGAACAAAUGGCCACAAGAGAUCUGCACAGUGCUGUUGUUAUUUGCUCCUUGAAUUACAACAGUGCCUUCAGUCUGUACCAUAACAGAACUAAAGAUGAUUGUAAAAUGUCAUUUCCUUUUGUUUAGGAAAUUACAUUUUACAGAGCUAAAGAUGAUUGUAAAAUGUAAUUUCCUAAACAAAAGGACUCAGCAGUUAUUUCAAAAUAGGUAUUACAUGAGUUGAAGCUCAAAUUUGUGUAACACAAGCUACAAAAAUAGGGUUUUGUUGACAAAGGGAGCUUUGUGUUUUUUUCCAUCUGUCCCUUGCACAACAGAUUUCAGUCACCAUUUCCUUGCUUGUAUGUGACAGCAAAGAAAACACGCAAACAAUACAAGCCCCAUGUUAUUUAUAUCCGUUCCAACUGUGGAUGUAGAUCUUGUAUUUUAAUAUUGGCACUAUUUUUCAUUUGGAGCUGAAUUGUUAGUGUACGGAGCACCUGGAGGCCGUCAAUCUACAUUUUGUGUACCAAUACCAUGAGAAGUUAAGAUGGACUGCUGGUUGAUGAACAUAAUUGUUUUAAUGUUUUGUAAGAGGAGGCUAAUAUAUUCUAAUCAGUCAAUAUGGAAGUCACUAUGCACUUACAGUAUAUGUUUAUAAUGUCGCAUUCUUAUAGUUUCCUUGUCUUAGGUAGGUAGAAAAUUGUGAGAUGUAGCAACAUGUCUAUAAAAGCUUUACUUAAUAUAUUUGAUUUUGUUUUUAUUUGAAUCAUAGUUGAAUAUAA